CUGGUAUCAUACAAUUUUGAACCGCUUUAAAAAUGUGUAUAGCCGUAAUGCUGUAAAGCCUAUAAACAUUUGUGAACUGUUCAAUCAAACGCGGUGACUGAGUACUGAGUGUUUACACUGAGUCGCGGACGCCGAGACGCUUUAUGCCAUUGGUCCUAGAUUUUAAUAGUAAUUUUGUAGUAACUAUAUCUAUACUGUAUGUAAUAACCUAAACCGAAUCCGCCAUUACGAGAUUCUUACACUAGCGGCUUUCACGUUUGGCACCCGUUCUCGGAUUCCCGCCAUAGUUCAUCUUGCUGUUGGCUGUGAGUAAGUUGUGUUUGCUCUUUUGAUUUACUUGCGACCCGCGAGAGUUUCGUUUUACUACCAGUCCGAGUUCUGCCGUAGCUGUUGUUUUUUGUCUCCGUCAUCUGCUCUCAUUACCUCCGGGUCCCGAAAACCACGAGGACGCUUGCCGCGCUGAAUACCUACGCUCAUCGUGACGCCGUGUGCGAACAUCUGAAUAGAAUCUCAAGCGGCUUGUACACAAGACAUACGGUGCGAACAUGGCGGCCACCAUUGCUGGAGUGUUUCACCCUGAAUUACAAAAUCUCAUCAAAGAGUCCAAAGUCCUAUUGGUGGGCGCGGGUGGUAUUGGCUGCGAGGUUCUCAAAAACCUCGUGUUGACUGGAUUUGGCGAACUGGAGGUGAUCGAUCUGGAUACCAUCGAAGUGAGUAAUUUGAACCGUCAGUUCCUGUUCUCCAAGGAGUCGGUGGGCAAAGCUAAAUCACAUGUCGCUAAAGAUAGCGUACUUAAAUUCAACCCUAACGUCAACAUUACGUCGCACUUGGGCGACAUUAUGGACACUAAGUAUGGCGUGGCGUUCUUCAAUAAAUUCCAAUUGGUCAUAAACGCUUUAGAUAACAAGAAGGCGCGUAGCCAUGUGAAUCGUAUGUGUCUCUCAUGUCAAAUCCCUCUAAUUGAAUCCGGUACGAUGGGCUACAACGGUCAAGUAGAGUUCAUUAAAAAAGGAGUUAGUAUGUGUUAUGAAUGUAAUCCGAGAUCUGAACCCAAGACUUAUCCUAUGUGCACAAUCAGAAACACGCCCAAAGAGCCUAUUCACUGCAUCGUAUGGGCGAAGUUCUUAUUUAGUCAAUUGUUUGGUGAAUCCGAUGAGGAUGUCUCCAUGGAAGAGGCUGAUCAAGAUGGUUCCGAAAAAUUAUCUGCCCAUAAUUGGGCAGUUAGAAACAAGUUCGAUCCAAAGAAAUUAUUCAAAAAAAUAUUUUUUGACGACAUCAACUAUUUGUUGAAAAUGCCAGACUUGUAUGCUGAAAAGAAAAUAAAACCUGUUCUUUUAGACGAAUCGCUCUUAGAUCAAGAACAUGUUGAGUAUAGUCAUGUACUCGACAGUGAUAUGUUAACCCUACAACAAUGUGUUUCGAUGUUUAUAGAUAGUGUUACUGAUAUUAAAGAAAAAUGGGAAAAAUCCGAGAAUUUGAGCUUAAUAUGGGACAAGGAUGAAGAUUCGUUUAUGAACUUUGUUGUGUCUUGCAGUAAUAUACGAUCAGCGAUAUUCAAUAUUCCUUUUAAAACUCAUUUUGAUAUCAAGUCGAUGGCAGGCAACAUUAUUCCUGCCAUUGCCACCGCAAACGCAAUCAUUGCUGGACAAAUCGUUAUCCAUGCCUUAAGAAUCCUUCGAGGAAAUUAUGAACGCUGCCAGAGUGUUUUCCUAAGAAAUAUGCCUAACCAUAAAGGGGGAGUACUAGUAAAAGACAACCAACUACAACCACCUAACCCUAAAUGUGCGGUGUGUUCCUCGGAAGGAGAAAUUAUAUUGAUGACUGACGUGGACAAUUUUACUGUAAGACAGUUGGAAGACCUUGUAUUGAUGAAAAAACUGAAUAUGGUUGCACCUGAUGUGACAAUAUUCGAUAGAGUUAUAAUAUCCAGCGAUGAAGAAGAUGACGUAGACUUGUACCAUAAAUCGUUAGCAGAAGUGGGUUUGAUUGACGGAUCCAGCUUUGUGGCAGAUGAUGUAUUCCAAAAUUUUAGUAUAAAAAUAAGGAUAUAUCACGAAGAAAAGUCUGAUGAAGAACAGCCGGAUUUCCAAGUGUUCAGCACUAUGAAUGAUUUGCUUACUGCUAAUGAAAUUAAAAAAGAGGAAGAAUCUGAAAAUGACGAGGAUGAUUGUGUGAUGCAGAAGGAUGUAAGUUCUGUUGGAAAAAGUGAAUGUGACAACAAUGAAGAUACAGGAGAUUCUAAUCAUGUAUUGGUUAGCGAAGAAAACAUCAGCAACGAAGAAGAAGGUGAAGAAGAACUGGCUUACGAAGGUGAAGAAGAAAUGGCUUCCGAAGAAGGUGGAGAAGAAAUGGCUUGUGAAGAAGAAAUUGCUUACGAAGAAGGUGCAGUAGAAAUUGAUCAUGAAGAAGUCAGCGAUGACGAAAUUAGCAAUGAAGAGAUAUUAGCAAUCAAAAGAAAAGCUGAUGAUGCGGUUGAAGACAGUGAUCCUAAGAAAAGCCGUACGGACUAAAAUACUUUUAAGUGAUUUCUAUUAACAGUCAAUUUGAACUGAUGUAUCUUAAUAUACAUAUUCAAACAUGAAACAAUAAUGUUGAUUUACCUAUUUUGAUGUUCCUCUUUAGUACUACUGUUACUUAGUAAAUUUCAUAUUCUAAUAAUCAGACUAGGUACAUCAAAAUUUGUAUUUUCAUGAUAGUGUGUAUUAACUGCUAAUUAUUAUUUUUUGCUAACCGACUUAUAAAGAAGAAAUUAAUUCAUGUAUCAAUAUUUUUUAUUUAUACGUGUAUAGGUUUAAGGUUUUAGCUUGUAUGAAAUUUUAUUUGUAUUGUCUUUGAGAUAAAAUUAAAACUAACUCCCUGGUUAAAUUGCUUAAAUGA